AACAAAAAGAGAAGCAAUCAUGGGGAUGAAAUUUCUGAACAAGAAGGGAUGGCAUACGGGGAGUCUCCGUAACAUCGAGACCGUAUGGAAGGCUGAGCAAAAACAAGAAGCCGAGCAGAAAAAGCUCGAGGAGCUUCGUCUCCAGAUCUUGCAGGAGAGGGAGCGUUCUGAGUUUCGUGCUCUCCAGGAACAAGCCGGUCUCAUCCCGAGACAGGAGAGAUUGGAGUUUCUGUAUGAUUCAGGAUUAGCUGUAGGGAAGGGAAGUGCGAGUGGUUCAGGUGUUUCGUUUCAGAAAGAAGAGCAGCCUUUAGCCAAAGCUGAAGCCGGUAAUAGUGCCAGUGAGAAGCCAGAUCAGUCUGCUCCUGGUGCGCUGUUUGAGGAGAAGGCGCAAUCUGCUAAUGAUUCGUGGAGGAAACUUCACUCUGAUCCUUUGCUUCUCAUCAGGCAGCGUGAGCAGGAAGCUCUUGCCAAAAUCAAGAAUAAUCCUGUCAAAAUGGCUCUUAUUCGCAAAUCGGUAGAAGAAAAAGGAAAGGGUAAAGAUGGAGACACAAAGGAGCACAAGAAAAAGCAUAAGCGUAAAAGUGGAAAGCAUCACAAGCAAUCUUCAUCCAGGCAGCCAUCUGAUUCGGAGGAAGAUUCUGGUGAAGAGUAUAACAGAAGAAAAUCUCACCAUCAGAAAACGUCAGGGACUCAUGGAAGAGAAAGUCAUGAUAGGCACUAUGAGAGACGAAGGUCAGAACUAGAUGAUGAGUUCAAAAGAAGAGAAAGUCAUGGUACGCACUAUGAGAGACGAAUGUCAGAAUUGGAUGAUGAGUCAAAAAGAAGAGAAAGUAGGGAUAAGCACUAUGAGAGACAAAGGUCAGAUUUGGAUGAUGAGUCCAAAAGAAGAGAAAGUCUUGAUAAGCACUAUGAGAGACGAAGGUCGGAUUUGGAUGAUGAGUCCAAAAGAAGAGAAAGUCAAGAUAAGAGACGAAGGUCAGAUAUUGAUGAUGAACCAAAAAGAAGAGAUAGUCAUAGAGAAACUCGGCCGAAUGAGAAAUAUCGGAAUCACUCCCCUAAAGGCGGUGUGGAAAGGGAAAAUCUUAAGAGUUAUGGUCAAGAGGAUAAAAAGAGGAAAACAGAAGAUUUAGACAAUGGAAAGCAUCCCUCAAGGGAGAAUGAAUAUCAGAAUAGACGCCGGAAAGGUGGCUCUAAGCUAUCAGAAGAAGAAAGAGCUGCUAGAUUAAAGCAAAUGCAAAUGGAUGCAGAGGUGCAUGAGGAGCAAAGAUGGAGAAGAUUGAAGAAAGCAGAUGACACUGAUGCAGUGGAAGCAGAUAAGAACAAAGUAACCACGGGCAAAAGCUUUUUGGACGAUGCUAAUAAAAGUGUGUACGGAAUUGAGAAAGGCGGGAGCUCAACAAUUGAAGAAAGUGUUCGUCGCAGAAGCUAUUAUUCACAACGUGGAACUGCAGCUGAAGGCAAUGCGUUUCGUCGCUGAUGAUGCAAAAUAUUGUUGCAGCAAAACACAAUGUGUACUAAGGAUAUCGUUGUGCAUCAAGCUCUUAGGUCUUUGGAUAUGUGAGGACUACGAGGCUUAGGCCCAUUGACAUAGCCCAUUAAGGGGUGGUCCAGUGUUUUAUCCCGGAAUCGAGCGUGGGAUUUGAAUUGUUAGUGUGUAAUCUUAUUCAGUGAGUGGGACGUUGAAAUGAGAUGUAUGAGUCAAUCAAUGAAUACCCGUGACAUGUAGUUAAGCCAUAACACUCCAAGAUUCCCCUUUGUCACCUUUUAAAUAAACCACGAGAUGAAGCCACUCUCUCUUUUGUCUU